ACUGUACAAAAUUUUCAACAAUUAUAUGAUAAUUCAAUCAAAACGAUUGAUUCCUGAAGGAAGCGCUAAUGCUCUCCACCUUGGUCCUAUCACUGCCACUCUUCUCGUAUUUCCUGAGUUAUUGAGUAUUGAAGAUCGUAUCUAUAGAGGUCCAACCGAAGAGAACUCUACUCUGAAAGACUAUCAUGCGGUCAAUAUUUGUUCAGCGGUUCUGCAACACUACUGCCGUGUGUCUAACGAAAAGAAACUUCCUGCUUUGGUUAGCUUCCUGAAGAAGUCCCCAGACCAAAAGGUGGUCAUUUUUUUCUCCAGUUGCAGCUCUGUAGAAUAUCAUUAUGAAAUGAUGAGAGCUUUGGAUAACGAUCUGCGUUGCUUGCGAAUCCACGGGAAUCUGGAUUUGAAGAAGAAUCUUCAGGCAUUUUCAGAGUUCAAGACAAAUGGAGGAGGUCUUUUCUUGCUCUGCAGUGAUGCUGUGGCACUUGGUCCUCACAUUCAAGGAGUGGACUGGAUUGUGAGGUUUGAUAUGCCUCUCAAUCUAGGACAUUACCUCUUGAGUGUUGUUGUCCAAGCUCACAGAAAAGAAGCAAGUGCAUUGCUUCUGUUGGAUGAUGCCAAGAUCCUUGGAGACGAUGCCUUUAGGAUGGAAUUUCAGUUCGUUAGAGGAGAUCGAGUAUGAAGGCUUUUGUGAUUAUUUCAGUUUAUAUAUUCAGGUAAUUCAAAAACUUUAUGUUAUGCAACGGUUUGUAUCAGUUACUAUAACCCAACUGACAUCUCUAGUUAGGGUUCUUAUGGGAAACUUGUUUUUGAAGUAAAGGAAUUUUGAACUU